CAUAACACUUUAAGUAACCACAUCAACAUUCGAAAGUUAGAUUUACAUUUAUUGAAUGGAAAGAAAAACAAAGUAAUUGGUAAAAUAAGUGAUGGUGGGUUUGGAGAAAUCUAUAAAGUAAGUUCGCCGACUACAGAUAAAAUACUUGUCCUAAAACAUUUAAAAUUCAGGGGAAAUUUGAAUGAACAAACGUAUAUUAAAAACGAAAUAGCUAGUUUAUCUUCUUUAGGACACGAGAACAUAAUAUCUUUUCGGGAAGUUCUAAUGAAAAGUGAAGAAGUGAAUAUUAUAAUGGAAUAUGCGGAUGGAGGAAAUCUUGAAGAUUUUAUUUCUGAACAUAAAACUUUAUGUAAUACAUUGGUUCUUGAUAUUUUCAUUCAAAUCUUAAAAGCAGUAGAUUUUUGUCAUCAAAAUUACAUUGCACACAGAGACAUUACCCCCAGUAAUGUAUUGCUUUUACGAAAGAGGACAAUUAAAUUAGCAGAUUUUGGUAUUUCUAUGAAAUGCAUGUCCUCAGCUGGGCAACCAUUGUUGUGUGAUGAUUUUCUUGGAAAUAAACUAUAUUGUGCCCCGGAAGUUAUUCGUGGGAUUGUCCAUGAUGCCAUAUUAGCGGACUUAUGGAAUCUCGGUGUUCUCCUUUAUUUCAUUCUAUUUACUAAAGUACCAUUCUGUGGAUACGACGAGGAAAUUCUUGUCCAGCAACAAACAAUAGGAAAUACUAUAACAACAUCACGUUGUAUUAACUUAUUUCAAACUACGUUACUUGAUUUCUUAAAAAUUAUUCCUAGUGACAGGACAUGUGUGUCAAAGGUAUUACAUUCCUGGAACAAUGCAUUACAUGAAUAUAUUUUAUGUUGAUUUUUUGUUCUGAAAAAAAGUGCGUUAGGUGAGUUGAAAAAAAUUGCUAAAUGUUAGAAUUAAUGAUUUCCUACUUUUUAUCAAGUACAAAAUAGUUUUUACUAGUAAACAUUAUAAUUGUCGCAAGGUUUAAUCAUGAUCUUUCAUUAAUUAGAAUUGCCAUAUUUUAUCAUCAGUCACCGUGUUUUAUUUCAUUGGUUGUCUAAACUAUUGGAAGCCACAUUUUGUAAAAAAAAAAAAAAUUAAAACGGUUGUGUUUUAUUUGGAAGUGUGCGUACUAUCAAUACAAACAUAUACAAUUACAUAAAAAAUUCCAAUGUGUUAAAUAACACUAUCGAUAUAAAGUAACAAGUUAAAUGCUACUUUGUGAUUCCUUUAAACGAAUUUUGGUCAUUAUAAAUACAAACACUCUUCAGGUGUAUAUCCUUUUGUAAAAAUAAAAUAUUUUUUGGGAAUUGCUCGCUAUUGUUGUCGUCUAUCAGAACUCAAACUACGGAUUAAGAUGACAAAUAUUAGUAAUUUAAUCAUUUCUUGGUAUGUGUCGCCAAAAUGUUUUAUUGGAAAUAAAAUUACCCAAAGAAAAGAAAAAUACAGUACAGGGUCCGCUAAAACCAAUGCAAAUUUUGAAUAAAACUGUAUAAGAAUAUACAUGUACUAAGGAAAAUACAACAAAUGGUAAUUAGACUCUUUCCCUUUGAUAUUGUCAUAACAGUUGUUAUAAUGGUAAGAAGAUGCUAUCUUAUACGAAAAAGUAAAAUCCCAAUAAUACUGAAAACUAUUUAUAUGCCUUUGAUUAUGCUGAUAUUCAAAAUAUUGAUUCCCUUAUCAACUUCAAAAUCUUUUCUUGUCUUUAUAUAUUUGUUUAAUCCUUAAGGGCUUCAAAUAUCAAAACAAUGUAAUCCUUCCAUAUGUUACACCGAAGAAAUACACAUAAAAAACAAGUAAGAAAGUCUUUAAUUUUUCUUUCAAAAACGUUAAAUAUGUUAUU